AGUGAAAUAACAAAAUGGCGGCCCACCUUAGGAGACUCUUUCAUUCCUAUGAGCACAAUUAUAUUGGAAAGUCUAUCAAAAUGGAUGAACUAAGAGCGCUUACGCUCCCAAAUAGUGUGAAAAUUGGAUUUCAACAAAUUAUAGCCCUUGCUGGAGAUUUCUAUGGUUUACCGAAACAACCAAUCAUUGCGGAUCCUUCUAAAGGACAAGAAGAAGACUCGGGUCGCCAGCAGCGCUUCAGAGAUGGAUACAACACUCUGGCACGCGCACCGAAAGAUGAGUUACUGGAGGAGCUAGACAAACUGCUGGGCACACUGGAGAAAGAAAGCAAAAACGGUAAAACCAUUGAUUCGAAAAUAUGGGACGAAAUCACUGGUGGUAAAUGGCUCGGUCCGCUGCCAAUGAAAGGGGGUAGGAUGCUGCAAUUAGCUGAAAAUAAUCACGACCAUUUUCAUCCCCACGCAAAGGACGCUUACCUGACUGGCCAUCAGCUGGCGAUUGACAAAGCACGGGAAGCUGGUUACUAUCGCGGGGGUGAUGAAGAUAAGCGCAAGAGGCUUCUUCACGAAGCAUUUUCACUGGACGCGUUUGCUCUCCAUUUCCUUACUGACAGCUUCGCAAGUGGACACAUAAGGUGAAUAACAUAACAGAACAUAACAUCACAUCACAUCACAUCACAUCACAUCGCAUCACAUCACAUCAAAUCACAUCACAUCACAUCACAUAACAUCACAUAACACCACAUAACAUCACAUUACACCACAUCACAUCACAUAAUAACACAUCACAUAACAUCACGGCAUCGCAUAGCAUGACAUUUCACAACAUUAAAAUUUUAUAAUUUAAUAGUUUUAUUAUUGCAUACGUCUUAAACCUUUCUUAAUUUGUGCUUUAAUUUUAUUUCCGCGUACGUAUAUAGUGGUACCCUAAUACCUUAGUUCAUUAAUAUUUAGGGAUAUUGUGCCUUUUACAUUAAAGGUGUUUGCGUCGAUUAAAUUUCUAUAUUCAGAAUCAGACCACUUGCUGACAAAUCUCUGCUUUCAGGACACCGAGAGUUGAAUUGGGCAAGGGAACUACCUCUACCAAAGUUGGCAAUUUGCUUUGUAUGUACAUGCACGAUGAAGAUAACAAGUAUGGGCUGCGUGUCACAAACAAGAGAGGAGACAAGUGGAUUGCAUAUGGCGAUGGAAGGCUUCUUGAUGAAGAGAGCAGGGAUAAUCUAAAGAUUGUAGCAGAUACUGUUCAGAAAUCAGUUGAUCAAGUGUACGACGCUUACACAAACCCCAGAAAAACUCUUGACCAUGCUGUGGUGACCGACCUGAUACCAUUUGUUGACCAAGAUGAAAGAAACAACUCUCCCUUGUUCCAAGUGAAAGAUGGAGAGCUGCACAGGAGAUCAGACAUCAGUGACCUUCAGGAUAAGGAAACUGUUACCAACUGGUGGGGGCCAACAACAGCAGUUAUGCUACGGUGUUACAAUCCGAAAAACCCUGCGAUUUAGACAUGCAGUUGUUCUUAGUGAUUAGUGAACUUGGCAAUAAGUUGCUGGAAUGUUUGUUCCCAGUUUUCAUGUCUUCUCAUUGCUUUAGUAACUAAUUUUAAGGAUUACAUUUGCAAAAAACAAGCAAUCUAGUCCGUUAUCAUGAUAGGGUCGAUUCUUUUAGGAAAGAGGACCCAGGAACCUCACCGUGUUCAGUAUUCACGGGAGAUUACACUGAUUACAUUGAUCAUAGUAGUAAUAAUAUCAAGAAGUGAUUUUGGAGUUCUAUAAAUUGUGUGAGUACAACCAAGUAAUUGACUGCAUAGUCAUGUUACAAAACCGGAUUUUUUCCUAUUCUUGGGUGUCAUGAUGUCAGUUGAACAAUUACGAUUUUGAAGAAAUUGUGUGUGUGUGUGUGUGUAAAUUAUACAAUUAUCAUUUUAUUUUUCUGAGGCCACUUUUCAGUGGUGGUAGUCUAUUUUGUAAGAUAUCUAAGUUUCUUUAGCUUUUGAAUUGUUAAAAUGUAAAGAAAGGUUAAAAGGAACGAUUCACAGUUGCAGUUAUUUACCCAGUGAAUGAAUGAUAACAUUUUGCUCAACC